AUGCAAAAGCAGUUGCUUUCGGUUCGUAAAAGCGGUAAAAAAUUCGGAGUGUGUUGCAGCCGAGUUCAAACAGAAGACAACACAGGAAGAGAUGAAGCCUGCGAGUUAGUGAACGGGACCGAACUUACCAUUGGGGACGAAACCCGAGCAUAUCUUUUCACGGCCGUAAAGAACAAUAAUUCAACCGGGAUACUUCUCUUGUCAGAUAUUUUCGGUUUUGAAGACUCGGCCACUCGGGAUUUCGCAUAUCGUGUUGCUUGCAACGGUUACAAUGUGCUGGUUCCGGAUCAGUUUAACGGCGAUCCAUGGACAGAAGAAAGGCCAAAAGCAAUGUUCGAACAGUGGAUCACCAAGCAUAGCUCGGAAAGCAAAAAAGCAAAAAACGUCAUAUUCGAGUCAGCAAAAUGGAUGGUUAACGGAUUUGCAUCCGUAGGAAUAUCAAACAAGCUCGGGAUUAUCGGUUUUUGCUAUGGAGGCGGCCGGGUCAUCGAAAUUCUAGCUCGGGACCAAGGUGCCUAUUUCGGGUCGGGUGUCUCGUUUUACGGCACGAGGAUCGAUUCCUCUGUUGCUACUAGCAAUAUCAUCAAGGUGCCAUUGCUGAUGAUCACGGGUGAUGAUGACGAGCUUUGCCCUAUCCGUGUUUUGGAGGAUUUUACGAACCGGAAUAAAGAAUUUACGAAGAUGGUGGUUUUCAAAGGGAGAGGCCAUGGUUUUGCUCAUCGGCCUCGGACUGCAGAAGAUGAUGCUGAUGCAGAGGAAGCUUUUGUGAUGAUGAGAAAUUGGCUUCAAGGUGGACUCCUUGUAAAAAGAUGA